GGGUCGCCGGCUCGGGACAGCCCCGGGAAGCUCCGCCGCUGAUCGCUGCUCCCGUGUCCCCCUGAGGAUGAAGAACCGACCGGUGCUGGCGGUGCUGCUGCUCCUGGCGCUGCCGCUCGCCCUCGCCCGCCCACCCGCUUCGUUCCCGCAGGGGAUGCCCGUCCCGGGGCCGCUGCCGUGGAGCCCCCGCGGCAGCCCCGGGGCCGCCGCCGCCGCCGCCGCGCUGGAGCUGCUGCGGGAGGAGGGCGCCGGUCCCCCCGCGGCGCCGCAGAAGAGAGACAUGCACGAUUUCUUCGUGGGGCUCAUGGGGAAGCGAGCAGCGGAGCCCGGGCGAGCGGCGGGGCGGGGGGGCGGCGGCCCAGCCCCCCGGUGCUCCCCGGGACCCCCCGCUCCCGGAGAGGCCCCGCUGCGGGCGGCCUGAGUGACGGAACGAGCCCCUCACGCGGUUGUGCCCGGUGUCCCGGGGAUGGUGGGACCGAGUGCGGGAGCGUCCCGGGCGCCGGCGCCCACGGAGCCGUCGGGAGCGCGGCGGUCCCGCCCCACGCGCGCGUGUCCGUGCACCUGUGUACACCUGGACACCUGUACACCUGGCCCCGCUAUACACCCACCCGUGUCUGCGCGGGACACGCGCACA